AUGCUUCCUCCACAAGGCCUUGUUGUCCCCAAUAGUGCAGUUUAUCGGCUUGAUAAGUCCUUGUAUGGUCUCAAACAGGCUAGUCGGCAAUGGAAUUUACGUCUCACUGUCUUAUCUGGAGACAAUUUGGUUGAAAUUGAGACUAUCAAGAAAGCAUUGGAUGCUGAAUUUAGCGUCAAAGAUUUGGAAAAGCUAAAAUUUUUUCUUUGUAUAGAAGUGGCACGUAGUUUUCAAGAUAAUGGCACGAGACUUGAGGACCUGACAUGUUUUCAAAGGUUACUUGAAAGGUUAUUAUAUUUGACUAAUACACGACGAGAUAUUGUAUUUGCUGUGGGAAAGCUUAGUCAACUUUUUUAUUGUGCUACCGAUGAACACUACAAGGCUGCUGUACAUAUCCUUCGUUACAUCAAACAAGCUCUUGCGAAAGGGUUGUUUUUCUCAUGCCAAAAUGUUAUUCGCCUCUUUGGUUUUGUUGAUUCAAAUUGGACAACUUGUGCUGAUUCUAGGAAAUCAGUGUCAGAUUAUUGGUUUUUCUUGGAAUCUUCUCAUUUCUUGGAAGAGUAA